AUACAAUAUUACCGCAUUUUGUCUUUUCCAGCCCCGCGGCCACAUGACGACGUACGAGAGGGGCCAAGACACUGGCAAAGGCCCCGGCAAAGGCACGCCGGCCGACAACCGUUCCGCUGCCAUGGCUCUCCCCAACAUGCCGAAAGCCUCGCUGCCGUCUGCUGAAGACUCAAGGGACGAGAAGCGCCACUCGGUGUCCCCCACUCUGACCGGCUCGCCGCCUUUCAUCGCCACAACGAUGUUUGGCUCGCCCUCGUUCAAGCCGGUCAUUUCGCCCCCCGGCAGCCCAUCUGAGGGCACUAUUCCACGGCUCACCAGCCCGCCGCCAUCCACCAUGGACCAGGCCGACCCGUCUCAAGGGCGGCAGCUGCGGCCGAGGCCACACACAGCGGGCAAGAGUUUGCCGACCUACCGUCUCAGCGGCACAGCCCUGUCCCCCAAGAAGCAGUCAGGACAGCAGCAGGGGCGGGGCAAGGGGGGCAUGAGGCUGGGCAAGGGCGGGAAGGGCAGCAAGAGCCCUCCCAAGCAGAAACAGCGGCUGGCGAUGCUGAUGGCCCGACGCAAGGCACUCAUGCGCAAACCGUAAGCAGCAAGUCCAGCCAGUGCGGCAUACAUUCCUCUCCUUGUCUGUGUGUGCACUGUUUUGGUCAUGUAGGCACGUGAUGUUGAAUCUGGCCAUCUCCUCUCCGCCCCGAACACCGCAGCACGACCAGUCCAAGGCACUCAUCACCCGGAGCACACACAAGAUGAAGCGUAUCUCGGCCGUGCACCAGGAGAACAAGCCCGUCGGUGACCACCACUCGACGGACAACAAAAAGUUCGACAUCUUCCGCCCGUGCCAUUUUGGCUUCGGUUGGGAUGAGAGGACUGGGUACCCCAUCCUGCCUGCACUGGAGGUGAAGGUCUGGAGUAGCUCUCCAGCCUCCUCGACACCCGAUCGAUGGCUCACCUUCCGGCCAGAGUACCUUUUCGGAGACCUCACGAAGAAAGCACGGGGGAAGGGGGGAGACAAGGGCGGCGAAGGCAAGACCGCAUAUGGCGGAUCGCAGGAACAGGAGAGCUCGGGGAUCGCUGCGGGGAAGAAGCAGGGAGAGGGGCAGGAAUUGAAGGGGCCUGCCGAAGAGGAGAUAACGGCCAUGACCCAUGACACGGACAUCAAACACGAAGAUGGAUAGAUAGAUAGACUUGAUGGAGGGGGAGAGGGGGGAUCGGGGGGCAUGGCACACACGGAUAGAUGGAUGGGUGGGUGCGGAUGGACGAGACAGACAUGUUUUCUUUUGUCUCCUUGGGUGGGGGACACAGAGAGAGAGAGAUAGACAGAGGGAGGAACGUACAAUG